AUGCGAAAUGACACAAUGUCGUCGGCGCAACCAAUGCAGUCAUACACGGACGAAAGUCGUGUGUGUCUGCUGAUUAGUACGACAGUAGCAUUCCUGUCAUUCACAUUCAUAUUUGUGGCAUUGCGAGUUUACGUCCGAGCAGUGGCAUUGAAGAAAUGGGGUGUCGACGAUACCUUUCUUGUCAUAUCAUACGUUCUUACGUUUCUCACUGGGGCGGUAUUUACAAUAUGCACCAGAUAUGGCCUUGGACAGCACAUAUGGAUGGUGCCGGUUGAUAUUCAACAGACGGGCCGCAAGCAACAGGUCAUCACAGGAGCCACGCUGGGAUAUCAUAUCAGCUUUAUCGUAAUCAAGAUGGCUAUCCUCCUUCAGCUCCGCAGGGUGUUCCCGUUGCCAAAUUUCUGUCUGAUAUGCGACAUCAUGUUCGGCUUCAUAUGCUGCUUUGGCAUCGCCGUUGUUGUUUCUUCUAUCGUCAUGGCAGCUCCGACUUGGCAGGGCGAUACAUUCGCAGGGGAAAGAUACGAUCAGGGUACCUGGUGGCUUGGUACGGCAAUUGUUCACUUGAUCACCGAUAUUGUCAUCUUCUUCAUGCCUAUUCCGUUGUUGCGAGGGUUGAGGCUGAAGAAGAUGCAAAAGUUUGCGUUGAUGGUUACCUUUGGGUUUGGGCUCAUAACAACCGCCAUUUCACUGAUCAGAAUCGCGGCCAUCAAACUUGCGUUUUCACGGGAUACCACAUGGUCCGUUAUUCCAUCCUUGGUUUGGUCUAUGGCUGAGCUGUGUUGUGCGGUCAUUUGCGCUUGUAUACCGACUCUCCGGCCCCUAUUGAGAGUUAUGCGCAGAAACAGCGACGAUCAGAAAGUUUGGUCUCGCCCUUAUUCGAACGAAAGCGAUAUUGCGCAGUUUGCUCGGAAACCUCUUAAGGCGACAGCAGUCUCUAGCGAGCAGAGCCUCACAAACCCGAGAUGUUUGGACGUCGAACUUGGGACACAUACGAAAGAGCAGUUUACUAGUGGCGACAUUCUGACCAGAAUAGCUAGCAGUCCUGCACUUACAGCGACUGUAGGAGAGUCAGAUGAUGGGUCAGAAGGACUUGGCCCAGUAGAUGAGGAGGUUGCAACACCACUGAGCCCUCCGCCAAAGGUUUUUGCCAGGGUAUGA